AAACAUCGAACUACUACUGAGCACUCUUUAUUUUUUUCCAGAAUCACUUGUUAGCUGGUUGGACCCUCUUGAGUGAGACUAGGAAAUACUUUUUUUUGUAUUGCUACAGCUAAUGAUAUAUGCACUAGCAUCCUCUCACUGAGUAUUUAAUUGACUACAAGACCUGUGGCAAUUUUUCUGUCCUUACAAAAAUAGCGAUGCUCACAUUGACGCAGCGAUUUUACUUUGUGUUUGUUAUUGUCGUUUCCCGUUGUAAGAACAAAAGUGCACUAUUGCUGCCAAUAAUACACAACACAUUACAAAAGUUUAAACUAAUACAAAAAUAAUUGAAAAAUCACUUCUAUUACUUUUGUAACAGAAUUCUGGCAUAUUGUGCAGAGUAUACACACGAUCUUUUUUAUCAGGUUGAAUAUAAGAAAAAUAACAGAACAAAAAUGUUUGUUCUGACUGCUCUUAUUCUCUACAAUGUUGAAUAACUUUUGAAACAAGCAAUGUGUGAGCUUCAGGUUGCUUCCCAAUUGACCUACGUUUCAUUAUACGUCACAGCAGUGAUUUCCAACCUUUAUAGAGCCAAGGCACAUAUUUUACAAUUGAAAAAUCCCACGGCACACCAACAAAAGUAAAUGUCACCAAAAAUGGAUCGAUUAGUUACUGUAUGUACUUCCUGCCAUCUAAUAGAAGAGGAUUUUUUUGUUCUGUCUGUCAUUGUGCCUCACUGGCAUAAAUAGAUAAAGAUACAUUAUUUCUUGGAAUAAAUGUUUUUUUAGCAAUGACAUAAAAUUGGAUAACUUCCCCCGGCACACCUAUAGAGCGCUCACGGCACACUAAUGUACACCGGCACACUGUUUGGGAAUCAUUGCGUCACAACUCGGCCCAACUCGGGAUACAGUACAUAAUUCUUUGUGAAUUGUAAAUAUUAAACAGUUUUCACAUUUACCAUUUUCCAAGUAGAUCUGGGAGGGAAAAAAAAACACUCUUAACACAUCCCCACAGUAUAGGAUAAUUGCUCAGGAUAAUAUUUAAGAGCCACGUGACAAAUUGGUCUUUGCUGACUUUGAUUGGAAUGGUGUAAUGCUCAGAUUUAUACAGAUUAUUAAUCCUGCCAUCAUUAAGAAAUUGCCAAAUGGCAGAUUAGAGCUUCACCUGACGACCUAACAAUGCCUUAUAUGUGAAAAGAAUGGGAGGAAGUGGAUCCAAAAACAAAGGCGCCUGGCCUUUCUCAGGCAGCGGGGCAGGAGGUGACUCUGCCGGGAAUGGCAACGAGCAGUCGGUGGCCCGCCUCAAAUGUCCCAGGAACGCGACGCCCUUUGUUUUUACCAGGAGGAGCUCACUCUACUACGACGAGGACGGCGAUCUUGCCCACGAAUUCUACGAAGAGACGGUGGUGACAAAAAAUGGGCAGAAAAAGUCCAAAUUGAAGAGGAUUCAAAAGAAUCUCAUUCCACAGGGGAUCGUGAAGCUGCAGCAUCCCUGUAUUCACGUAGACUUCCCCAUUGUCCUCUGUGAGGUGUGAAGGGUCUUUUUUUUUUUCCUCAUAUGAAGAAUGGCGCCCACUCCUCCUUUUGACCGAAAAGAGGUCAGAUCCGACUGAGUGUGCGGGUUAAAAAAUAAUCAACGUUGGUCUGGAGAAACAAAAAAUCCAAUGCAAAGAGACAUAUUGUUAUGUCAUUGACAUAAAGCUAGUUCAGAUGUUCAUUGCCCAUCUGAUAUGUAAACAAACUUUAGAGUGGACAGAUUAUUGUAAAUUGAUGUUUUAAUGGCUUGCACACAAGUCUGAAGUACCUGCCCACCCAUUAAGUGUGUUAUUACACAACCAAGGUAAUGUUUUUGUGAGAUGCCUGUUUCCGAAAAUGUUUUGGUGUCAUAAUUUUCCCAAUAUCACCCCUACGCCAGGUGUCUUUCCCCAUGAGUUGGGAGUUUGAUUGUGAAGUUCUGCAAUUUCCGUGCAGUUACCAUGGAAGCGCUAUCAUCUCAAAUCCAAACGCUAAACAGAGCUGCAGAGAUGCCAGUGUGUAAUUUGGCUUGUUGAUGAUGAAGUAGUGCUUCCAAAAGUGGAAAUGCAGAAUUUUUAUGGAUGCUUGCUUUGUUUUAUUUGCCACCCCCAAGCUCCUCACUCUUCUUGGUCGUGACAAAAGCUGUACUCGGCAUUGAGGCCAUAAUGGAAAAAACGGGCUAUUUUCAGAGCACCAAAAAAGUGGAUGAAAAGUAUGCAAUAUUUUUUCAUUCUUUGGGUAUUUUGACAAAAGCUUGUCGGAGACAUCUUAAGACCACUGGGAAAAUAGGCAUAUUCUGUCAUUAUUAUCUGUCCAUAUGAUCUUUCCUUUGAAAACAACACAUCAAACUAUGCUGUAUUUCUACCCUGGGGUGUUAUUUGUGCAGAAAUAAAAAAAGGGGGGGGGGGUAAUUGUUAGGGCCACGCUGAAAAUAGGAAAAAAGAUGGUCAAAUUAUGAGGGGAAAAAGCAGUGUAGAGGAGAACAUGUUGUAAUAUAGCGGGAAUUAGGUUUAUUUUUGUUUUUUAUGAAGAAAAAAAAGAUAUGAGAAUAAAGGUGUGAAUGUCCAAAUUCCCAUGGCAAUAUAAACGAGAGAACUGAGAGAAACAGCUGUUGUCUCUAAUCUUUAGAGGCUUGGUUGGUCUUAGUCAUACCAUUAUCUUUUUUGUUUUAAUAUUUACUCGUUCUUGUAAAAAAAAAAAAAAAAUCCCCAAUUUUCCCUUAUGACCCUAAACAUUUUCAUAAUUAUUCUAGUAUGACUUAUUUUACAGUGGUGCCUUUAGACACGGGUGAUAUGUUUCAACAUACGAGUUGUCGUUGCUUUGACUUGCAAGCAAAUAUUAAUGUUGCUCCCAGUUGAAGUUUACUGUCAAAACAAAGAGAAUUAUGCAUUGUCUAUUUAAAACUCAUUAAAGCUCAGAGCUCACUUUAAAUAUAAUGCUAAUUCGUUACUGGAAACACCAUAGACAGGUUAAUGAAUAGUAUGCAUGUAUGUGGCAGUGUUACUAAGCAACAUACAUAUAUUUGAACCCAAGCGGUUCAAGGGCACGUGUAGACGGACCAAAUAACAUGACCCACCGGCAUAUAUUCUUUAUCUUCUGUGAAAAACACCUAACAUGAGUGCAUCUUACUGACUCAGGGGAGUUGUGACACUUGGAUUUGUGUCUGCAUGACUGUAUUAUGCUGCCCCGCAGCCCCCGCGCCAGUAGCCAAGUAUAAUUCUUUGUAAUUCUGUCAAGCACUUGGUUUUUAUUAAGUAUAGGGUCAUUUUCCUUAUUAAAAAGAUGUUUUUGGGGUCCAACUUGAAUUGAUUGCAUUCAUAUUUAUGUCAAUGGGGAAAGAUAAUGUGAGAUUUUAAGUUACAGGCAAGCUCAAACAAUAAAUUAAACUCGUAUCUCUAGGCACCAUUGUAGUUUGUCUUUAUUUCAUAAAAUGACAACUUUCUAAAGUAAAAAUACCAUUUUAUUCUUGUAUUAUCUGUAAUAUUGAGACUUCUUGUAAUUAACAUAACAUGUUAUUGUAUAGUAUUUCCUCUAGUUUAUAAAAUUCAAAAUCAAAGUUUUUUCCUUUAAAUAAAAAAACAAAGCCUUCUCAUGCUGAAAUUUGUGUUAAUAGUACAAGUUUAUUUUCAUAACUAUUUUUGUUGUAAAAAUUGUUCUACUAGGGGUCUUCACAAAAUUAGAUAUUUAGUGAUAUGUAAUCUGAAUAUUUGGACUUCUCAUAGUACAUCUUUCUGCUUGUAAUAUUUUGAUUUUUUUUCUUCUUUUCAGCGCGGCUCCAUAGUCGCUUUUACAAAACAGCAGUGGAAAUUCGUGUCUGCCUUUAGUGAGACGCACAGACGUAGCAAGUGUCUGGGUGUAUGUAUCUAUGUGUGUGUGCACGCGCACGGGGGAGUUUUUCAGCAGGACAGCGAGCGAUGUUUUAUCGUAAUAAACAUUCCGUAUGUGAGCCUUUCUCAGUCACGUGAGCUCAGACCUGCACUAGUGAAAACGAUGCACUGUAAAUAA